AUGGCGCUGUACUCCGCCCAAAAAUCGAUGCAAAGCGGCGUCGUCGCUGCUGAAAGCGACGACGACAAGAACAACGAUCGUACAACACAAACCAACCUCAUGUCUCUCCCUUUGGAGAUUCAUUACAUGAUUUCAGAACACCUCAUCUAUCCAGAUGCGCUCUCGCUGAAACAUGUCAAUCGCCACUUUGCUGGCAUUGUCGACACAGGCGUCAAGCUCAAGAUUGCAUGGCUCAUUCAACGCCGACAAUUGCAUCUCGAGUGUCCAAAUGAUAGGACCUGUGACCUAGGCAGUGAUAUCCGGUUUUGCAGAGGCAGUGUCCCUCUUUUGAUGGCGAGACGACGAGAACACUUUGAAUGCGAAUCUAGAGCCGGCUUGGGAUGUCUCGUCUUUGGAACACCAAAGUGUGUACACAAGCCAAAGCAGCAGUACUGGUGGAAGAAGCGCUUCCAGUUACGAUUAACUGUGGAGGUUUGGUGGAUUGUUAUAGCUGCUGUACCGUUGCUGCUAAUGUGGCUGCUCUGUCUUUGA